UUCUUCUUCUACCCUUUACCUUGUUCCCUUGUCCUGACGCUCUCUGUUUUGGCUUUAGAAAGUCCUAACCUUUUUAGUUUUCGUCAAGCCAGGGGUUUUGUUUUGCCUUGGGGGGUUGUUUUGGACACGGUGAAGCUUUUGUUUCAGCGGGGGAAUUCCGGUUUAGUUCUCGUCGGAAUCUGAAAUUCGCCAGAGACAUGGCUUCAAAUAUCCCGAUGAGCCCUCAAUUGGAGCAGAUCCACGGUGAAAUCCGUGACCAUUUCCGUGCCAUCGCGAAUGGUUUCCAGAAGUUGGAUAAGAUAAAGGAUUCAACUAGACAAAGCAAGCAACUUGAGGAACUUACUGACAAGAUGAGAGACUGUAAAAGGUUGGUGAAGGAUUUCGACCGUGAGCUCAAGGAUGAGGAAGCAAGCAAUUCUCCUCAAGUAAUUAAGCAAUUGAACGAUGAGAAACAAUCCAUGAUCAAGGAACUCAACUCUUACGUUGCACUAAGAAAAACGUAUAUGAGUACACUUGGAAACAAGAAAGUUGAACUAUUUGAUAUGGGAGGAGCUGGAGUCAGUGGCGAGCCCACCGCUGAAGAAAACGUUCAAGUGGCUUCAUCGAUGUCAAACCAGGAGCUCGUUGACGCUGGAAUGAAAAGAAUGGAUGAGACUGAUCAAGCCAUUGAGCGCUCUAAACAGGUGGUGGAGCAAACAAUCGAAGUUGGGACUCAAACUGCAGCUAACUUAAAGGGACAGACGGAUCAAAUGGGGCGCGUGGUUGACCACUUGGACACGAUUCAGUUCUCUAUCAAGAAGGCUUCCCAGCUAGUGAAAGAGAUAGGAAGACAGGUGGCUACUGAUAAAUGCAUAAUGAUGUUCCUGUUUCUCAUUGUAUGCGGUGUUGUAGCCAUCAUCAUUGUGAAGAUUGUACACCCGAAUAACAAAGACAUAAGGGACAUACCAGGAUUAGCUCCUCCAGCUCAAUCAAGGAAGCUAUUGUACUUGAGGAAUCCAGAGUGCAUGUGAAAAUAGAACUAUCUGUCUGUAUAUUUUAUUUGAAAUGAGGAAAUUGUAUCUUUGAGGUUCUAUAGUUCAUCUUCUUUGUUUU